AUGGUGAGGAUGACGACGGCUUCAUCAAAUUUAGCCUCCAAGAGCUCAACCAUGGGGAAACCUUCUUCCCUCGCCUGUAAGCUCUUCCUCUGGCUCUUCAUCGCCGUCAACCUCCCCACCAGCUCCUUUCAAACGGAUGACGAUGACGAGGUGUCUAACAAGACAUGGGUGCUGACCCCGAAGGUGUACGAGAGUGAUGUCACACACAUCCUCAAUGGCCUACUAGAUGGAUAUGACAACAAAUUGAGGCCUGACAUUGGAGUUAAACCCACAGUGAUCCACACAGACAUGUUUGUCAACAGCAUCGGCCCAGUGAAUGCCAUCAAUAUGGAAUACACCAUCGACAUUUUCUUUGCCCAGACGUGGUACGACAGAAGGCUAAAAUUCAACAGCACGAUGAAGGUUUUGCGUCUCAACAGCAACAUGGUCGGGAAGAUCUGGAUUCCAGACACUUUUUUCCGCAACUCAAAGAAGGCCGACGCCCAUUGGAUCACGACGCCCAAUCGCAUGCUUCGAAUCUGGAAUGACGGCCGAAUCCUCUACACGCUCAGGUUGACGAUCGAUGCAGAAUGCCAGCUGAAACUGAACAACUUCCCUAUGGACGAGCACUCAUGUCCCUUGGAGUUUUCAAGCUAUGGCUACCCCAGGGAGGAGAUUGUAUACAAGUGGAAGAGGAGCUCGGUGGAGGUUGGAGACAUCCGCUCCUGGAGGCUUUACCAGUUCUCUUUUGUAGGCCUGAGGAACACCUCGGAGAUUGUCAGGACCGUCUCAGGCGACUACGUGGUGCUGACGGUCUUCUUUGACCUAAGCAGGAGAAUGGGCUACUUCACCAUCCAAACCUACAUCCCAUGCACUCUCAUUGUUGUACUCUCUUGGGUUUCAUUCUGGAUCAACAAGGAUGCAGUACCAGCUAGAACAUCCUUAGGCAUCACCACCGUGCUGACAAUGACAACGUUGAGUACCAUCGCCAGGAAGUCUCUUCCUAAAGUCUCCUACGUGACAGCCAUGGACCUAUUUGUGUCUGUGUGCUUCAUCUUCGUCUUUGCUGCAUUAAUAGAGUAUGGCACGUUGCACUACUUUGUCAGCAAUAGAAAGCCAAGUGCCAAAAAGGACAAGAAGAAGAAAAACCCGCUCCUCCGGCUCUUUUCCUCCAAGACGCCCACGGUGGACAUCCGUCCGCGCUCGGCCACAGCCAUCCAGAUGAACAACGCCACGCACAUGCAGGAGCGCGACGAGGAAUACGGCUACGAGUGUCUGGAUGGGAAAGACUGCACAAGCUUCUUCUGCUGCUUCGAGGACUGCCACUCGGGGGCGUGGCGGCACGGCCGCUUGCACAUCCGCAUCGCCAAAAUUGACUCUUACGCACGUAUCUUCUUCCCCACCGCUUUCGGUCUCUUCAACCUCGUCUACUGGGUCUCCUAUCUGUAUCUCUAG